AUAAUUCUUUUUCUUUUUUUGUAUAAAUAAAGGGAAGUGAGAAAUGGAAAUGCGCUUGUGCAAAUUGGGGACUUUUUUCCCAGUAAUUUAAGGUCUUCCUUCUAUCUCUGAUAUUCAGAUUACUGUUCGAUAGCUUCAUAUCUAUAGAAACCAAUUCAAACCCAGCUUUUAUCAGAGGCGUUUGAAGCUCAGAUAUUUCAAAUUUUGGACUCCUAUUAAUUGCUACCAAUCAGAGAAAAGAAAAGUUGCAGAACAAGAAAGAGAGAAGUAAAAGCUAGCUAAGAGGCUAAGCACAACAUUAAUACUCAUGAAACCAGUCCCACGAAGCUCAUGAUUGCUCUGUUUAAUUCGAACCAUGGUUUUUGAUGAAACAAUUAUCAGAUUCGUCUUCUCAAUUUUAUUAGUCUGGUCAUCAUCAUCAGUUGGUGCUGCUAAUUCAACUCAGUGUAAUCAGUACUGUGGAGCUGGUUCUAAUGGCCAGCGUGUUCCUUAUCCAUUUGGAUUCUCAGAGGGUUGUACGAUUCGCUUGAAUUGUACUCAAAGUGGAGAAAUUAGAAUUGGAGAAUAUCUAAUACAAAAUGUAACUUCAGAUACAUUAAUGGUCAACUUUCCAGUAAAUUGCAGCCGUCCGAUUGAGGAUCUUAAGCAAUUUAGCGGAACCAAUUACGGUAUGACUUGGAGAAACGGGCUGCUUCUACAGAAUUGUACAGUCCCGAAGAGCGAGUGUACCAUACCGUCAGACCUUUUAAGCGCGCGUUUGAACAUACCGUCAUGUGAUUCGAAGAAUGAGAAUGUGAGUUGUUAUUCAGAGGCGAGUGCUGAUUAUUUGGAUUACUGGAAACUGAAGAAUAUAGGAUGUGGACUUGUGGUCUCGUCUAUAUUGGUUGGUAUGGAUAAUAAUACAAAGAAGAGCUCUUCGAUGUACUUAGAGUUUCAGACGAUUGAAUUAGAGUGGGGAUUGGAAGGAGAUUGUGCAUGUGAUGAACAUGCGAAUUGUACAAAAAAAAUUCUUCCGGGGAACAGAAACGGUUUCCAGUGCCGGUGUAAAGAUGGUUUCGUAGGUGAUGGUUUCAGGGACGGUGAUGGCUGCCGGAAAGGUUCCUACCUUCAGCUGCCAGCAUUUCCGUGUAUUUGGCUUUUAGUUUCUAAAUGCAAUCCUUCAAAAUACCUCUCUGGUCGAUGUGGUGGAACUACAAGAAUUGGUGUGCUCAUUGGAGGGAUUAUUGCUGGAGCUGGUUUAAUGGCUGCUUUGGCUAUUCUCUGCUACUGCAUUCGAAGACGUUCUGCAUCUCUGAAGAAAAGAAUGAGCGCAAAGCGCCUUCUUUCUGAAGCUGCAGGUAGCUCCAGUGUUCCUAUGUUCCAAUACAAAGAAAUUGAGAAAGCAACAAACAGUUUCUCUGAGAAACAGAGGCUGGGCAUAGGUGCUUAUGGCACAGUUUAUGCUGGAAAGCUCCACAGUGAUGAAUGGGUUGCAAUUAAGAAACUAAGACAUCGAGAUCCAGAUGGCGUUGAACAAGUGAUGAAUGAGAUUAAGCUUUUGUCCUCUGUAAGCCAUCCAAAUCUAGUCCGCCUCUUAGGCUGUUGUAUUGAAAAUGGUGAACAGAUUCUUGUUUAUGAAUUCAUGCCCAACGGAACUCUAGCUCAGCAUCUACAGAGAGAAAGGGGUUCAGGACUUCCAUGGACAAUACGUCUCACUAUCGCCACAGAAACUGCUCAAGCGAUAGCUCACCUUCACUCAGCAAUGAAUCCACCAAUAUACCACAGGGAUAUCAAAUCUAGUAACAUACUCUUAGAUUACAACUUCAACUCAAAGGUUGCAGAUUUUGGCCUUUCCAGAUUUGGCAUGAUGGAUGAUUCCCAUAUCUCUACAGCACCACAAGGCACACCAGGUUAUGUGGAUCCUCAGUACCAUCAGAAUUACCAUCUUUCCGACAAGAGUGACGUCUACAGCUUUGGAGUGGUUCUUAUAGAAAUCAUUACAGCACUGAAGGUGGUUGAUUUUUCUAGACCACACAGUGAGAUUAACUUGGCUGCACUUGCAAUCGACAGAAUUGGGAAAGGUCGUGUGGAUGAGAUAAUCGAUCCAUUUCUUGAGCCACACAGGGAUGCAUGGACUCUAUCAUCAGUUCAUAGAGUUGCAGAGCUAGCUUUCAGAUGCCUCGCAUUUCAUAGGGAUAUGAGGCCUUCAAUGAUAGAAGUGGCAGAUGAACUAGAACAGAUCAGGCUCAGCAGUUGGACAUCAUUGGAGGACAAUAUAUGUAUGACAUCAUCAGUGAAUUCCUCUUGUUCAUCUCCGCGUAGUAUGAGCGAGACAUCUUUUCGUAGUACAACAACUAAGAAAGGAGGAGUUGGGAGUAGGAGGUUGAUUCUUCCACAGAAGAUAGGGAAUGCACUGUCAACCAUGGAGGAAAUAAAGGAUAGUUCCCCUGUUUCAGUGCAGGAUCCUUGGUUAAGCGAAGAGAGUCCCCCUUCAACAAACAGACUAUUGGGUAGUGCUGGUCGAUGAUGACUUGAAAAGAAAGUCUGCUUUAGGUAGAAAACUGAGGUGAUCACCUGUAAUCUAUUACAACCAGUUUACCACCUUUUCUUGUCUUAUAAUAUAGUGAACUAAUACCAAAGAGUAAUACAACAGUCUUCUUUGUCAUUACA